GAGGCGCAUGGCCGGGGCCCCCUAUAAGCCGGGGCCCCGGGGCACUGCCCCGGUUUGCCCUAUGAUAGCUACGCCCUUGGUUAAGCUUCUGAUAAUAUUGUGAAUUUUCAUUUGCUACAUGCAGCGUCCAUCUAUCUGUAAUAAUAAAAGGAAGUUACGACUUUUUAACUCCUAUCAAGUCGCAUACAAUACAAUGAAGGAAAAAUGAUUCAAAUACAAUUAUCUCAAAACUGCUUAUCUGGCUCUGAGGUACAGAUAGUUUAUAACAGCUAGUGUUGACCUUUUGUUGAAAAACCUACAAAAUGUCACUUUUGAAGAUACGUACUACUGCUGCGCAGCCUCGAAAAAAGUUGUUGGAGUAUUUCACUUAUCUAAUUUAUUUAUAUCUAUUUUUCAGGAUGGUGGAAGCCCCUUAUUUGUCGCAUGUCAGUGUGGACACAUGGAGAUAGUCAAGGAGCUAAUCAAAAGGGGAGCUAAAGUCAAUAGUCACAUGAAGGACAAGGCCACACCUCUGUUCAUCGCAGCUCAAAAUGGCCACUACAAGAUCCUAGUGUAUCUUCUAGCACAGGGCGCGGAACCGGAUUUCCGGAGAACUGACGGCGCGACGCCGCUCUGGAUAGCCGCGCAAAUGGGCCAUGACCACAUUGUGGCCCAGCUACUGAAAGCGGGGGCAUUCGUGGACGCAUCGAGGCAUGAUGGUGCAACGCCGUUAUUCAAGGCCGCUCAUAAAGGGCAUUCGGCUGUCGUCGGGGAGUUAUUAAAAUAUAAACCAUCCCUAGAAAUAUUAACGAAUGGAGAAAGUGCUCUACAUGCAGCUGCCUUUUCUGGCAGCCUCACAGUCUGCAAGCAGCUGAUAGGGGCAGGAGCAGAUCCGAAUCUUAAAAAUCAGGAAGGCUACACGCCCGCUGACCUGGCGCAGAAACAGAAGCACAAUGCAGUGUACGAAUACUUAGGAAGCUUCGCAGGACAUCGAAACAAAAAUUAGUCACUGGGUCAAGUGUCUUUGGGUGUACUUAAGUCUUUGUUAAAGAAGUUCCGGUAGCUCCUUAGAUAUGUCGUAAAGAUGCUAACGAAAAAUCAAAAUGUCAUUCCACACAUCUGUGCCUCCUCUUUAGUUAAAGAGACGUCUCUAAAAUGGCAUUCCAUCACAGUUUGUCCCUUACAAGCUAGUUGAAACUUGCUUCAACAUAAUGAAGAAAAAUAAGUUUUUUGUACAAGUCAGUUUCUCUUUGUAAUGACCAUGGAGCCUAUAUGCCAGGAGGUGCUAUGGACAGUGCUGCCAAACGAAAAACGGUAAAUUGGAAAAAUGACAUAUUAUUAUUGCACACAGAACACAGGCGUAGACAGGUCUUUUUAUGAACAUAAAAACAAAUUAAACUUAAAAAAUAUAAUAUAACGACUACUGUAUAACAGGCACAAACAAAAAUAAUAAUUUUAAUAUAAAGAUGUAGUCCAAAAUCGUUUGGCAUAUUUUUAAUUUUACCACCAGGAUAAAAUAGAUUAAAAUGACUAACUAAGCGCUUCCUAGCUAAAAAGAGAACUUUAGAAAUGUCUUUUCUAAUUCCAAAAAAAACAAAUAAAAAUGAGCGAAAAAUAAAAAAUAAUUUUCAUGAAAAAUAGAGCGCGACUGGAUUUUGCCUUGAUUUCUUCUAUUUCAAUAACAAAACAUUUCGAUCAUCUUUGGUGUUAUACGAAUGCUAUUUGGAAAUACUAGAAAUCAUGCCGACAUUGAUACUGAAACUGUAACAAACUACUUGAUAUUUUUGAACAUACUCUAUUUCAUUGCUAUGUUUUCAUUAAGUUAAUAGCGGAGAAUAUCCCCUCAAAAUUAGCAUAGAACAAAAUAAAAUGCACUUUUUUAGCUUUGCUUUCCAAUUCAGCUUUUUUUCGGUGAAAAAAUUUGUAAAUAUCUGAAAUAUUUUAAAAAAUCGUGGAAGAUGAGGAGGUUUUCGACAUUUCGGUAAACGUGGUUUCAUUUCUGUAGAAACACCGAAAAAUCGGUAGGUUUGACAACCCUGGCAGAGAUGAUUUAAAAACGACCCCGAAAGUUGACGCCUGGAAAACCAGUGGUGCUCUGACAGGGUUGCCAUGUUGGAAAUGUUCCCCUAAAUUUGGAGGAUUUUUACUUGGUGCGAAUUUUUUUGGGAUAUCAGCACAGCAAAAAUUUUUUUCAGCCUCAGAUAAUUUACUACGGCGUCAAGUUUUGGGGUCGUUUUUUGCCGGUUCUCCUGGUAUAUAGGCUUCAUAGAGCAGAUUUUUCUAAAACAGGAUAAUCGAAUAAAAUUGUAGUACAGUGAGAUUAAAUGCGUACAGAUAUUUGUCAAUAUUUCAUCACGGUUAAAUAAAACGAUCCUUACGCCCCAAGUGGAACGAAUCUUCUUUUUGGCGCAACGCCAUAAGCAACAACUUGCACAAGUGUAAGUGGCAUUAGACAGUAUUUUGGUGUGGCCAAAUAGAUAAAAAGUUAUCUCGGCUAUAAAAUCUUUAAAAUGUUGAAUCUCAACUCCUUAAUCUGAAAGCUACAGUAUUUUUUAAAAAUGUGUGCCUUUAUAGAAAACAGUUAAUCGCACUAGUUAUCAAUGAUCUUUUUAUGGUAAGGUUACUUACAUACAAUGUUACUGGUACUACAUCAAUGAAUUGAUGAAGUUCAGAUCUAGAGAUAAGCUAAACAGUAUUGAAUAAAAAUGUUUAUUUUUGGAAACUCGAUAGGUUGUGAAGUGCGCAAAAGUUUGACUGAUUUUUAAUGAAUUAUGUUUCAGUUGGUAAUAAACAAAUCGCAAUGUUUUCGUUUGAGGUGAUAUGUUUUAUAUUUUACAUUAUAUUUUAUUUAUGUUAUGUAAAUAUGAGAAUAAAGUAUACGAAUUAAA